CCUCUUAUUUUUACAGAAAAGUAUUUAGUGUCACGUGACAAGGCUUUAUUUCUUUCUCUGGACUUUAGCGGCCAUCAUGAAGGCGAGGGGGACGCUUAAAGAAUACAAAAUUAUCGGGCGACGGAUCCCAUCAGAAAAGGAUCGGAACCCACCGCUCUACCGGAUGAGAAUUUUUGCACCCGACAAGGUUACAGCCAAGUCUCGAUUUUGGUAUUUCACUAGUAAGCUGAGAAAAUUAAAGAAAAUGAAUGGAGAGAUAGUUGCCGUUUCUGAGGUUUAUGACAAAACUCCAACAAAAGUCAAGAACUUUGGUAUUUGGUUGCGCUAUAACUCACGAAGUGGGAUCCAUAACAUGUACCGGGAAUACAGAGACUUGACUGUUGCCAGUGCUGUCACCCAGUGCUAUAGGGACAUGGGAGCCAGGCAUCGGGCUCAAGCAUGCACUAUCCAGAUUAUCCGUGUUGAGGAACUCCCAGCUUCUAAAUGUAGGAGACCCCACAUGAAACAGUUUCACGACAGCAAAAUAAAAUUUCCACUACCAUCAAGGAUAAAUCGGAAAUUCCACAAACCUCGUUUUACAACUGUUCGACCAGAUGUUAAGUUUUAAAAGCACUUUCUUGAGAACUGUGCUGGAACUAGGAUUGUAAAAGAUGUUAAGACAAAUAAAAGCGUAAUUUGUCAGCCUACA